AUGACACCAAACUGGACCUUCGGGGUAGAACUCGAAUUCGCCAUCGCAGAAACAAUCCCCAACACACCCCACCCGGACCCCAGCGAAACCAGAUUUACCGUCUUCCAAACCACCGAUCCCUACCGCGGAAGACUCGAGCAAAUCCAAGUCCUCCAAAACGACGCUCCAGACAUGAUAUUCCCCCGACCAACCUCCGCCGUCAUAACCCACAUCUGCGAAACCCUCACACUUGCCGGUUUCGCCGCCAGCGAUUCGGAGAACGACGAUAUCUCAGCGUGGAAAGUGAAGAGAGAUGCUUCCAUAAAACCGCCAUGUGAGGCGGAGGGUUGGGAUAGAGGAUAUGUGUGGCAUAGGAUCGAAGUGGUAUCGCCAGCUUACUUCUUCAGUCCCGAGUCGUUGACUGCAAUCAACAAGGUAUGUUCGCUCUUAACCUCAACGUAUUGCUGUAAUGUUAAUCUCAGCACAGGAUUGCACGUCCACGUAGGCACCGGCACGCAAGAAGGGUUAUCUCUAGACGCAACCCGUAAACUCGCUGCGCUGCUAUGGACGUUCUCGCCACAGCUCGCAACCCUGCAUCCGCCUGAUCGCCAGAGUUACUCGCAAUCUGCAUCUGUGAUGAUAAGUGGUAUGCGCGAAGGCUCGCAGCUUGUGGUGCGGCGAAAACGGCCUGAUAGAACGGCAGCUACACCUCUUCUCGGCGCGGCGAAGAUCCUGCUCGCUGAGUCGAUGGAGGAGGUACUUGAGCUGGUCGGCGGAGCAGAGAAUAUGCGAGCAGUGGCAUAUAACUUUGAGAAUCUGCGUCCGGAACCAGGAACCGGGUUACCUAUAAAAGGCACGGUUGAAUUCCGUCAACACGCCGGAUCCCUAGACGGUCCUACAAUCACCACUUGGAUCCAAACCGUGGUUGGCAUCGUCGAUUUCGCACAUACCAUCGAACCAGUCCCCUUCAACGAGCUACUCCAAACAGCACUCGCCAACGAAUCCUGGCAAAUGUCCUACGACGGCUACGACCGUCAGCGCGAAGAGACCUACGGUCCUAUCCUAGCCCGAGAACGACUCACAGUCAUUGACCUGCUGAGGUACAUGAACCUCGCUGGCCCAGCAUCAAACUAUCACGCUCGCGGCCUCUACUUCCCCUUCGCGGACUCGCGUCCCGCGCCUGAUGGCGAUAGAUGGAAAUCAGAGUACCAGCUCGCCGUCGAACAUGGCGAUAGAAGCCACUGGCGAUUUGAGAAUGCGAUGCGUGACUCCUGUGCGCUGGGUGAAGGUGGGUUUAGGGUUGGAGAAAAUGGGUUCUCGGUGAUAGGACCGGAGAGGCUGGAGAGAGAUCGGUUGUUGAAAGAGGCUUUUGAAUGUUUAGGUCGGAUUGAACGGGUUCAGCGCUCGCUUGGGAAAGGGGGGAGGGAUUCAGAAGUUUUUGAUCCGCAGGCGGGGUUUUGGCCGGUGCAUGAUCGGUGUUUGGAUGGGGAUGUCCGGACGGAUUGUGAGGUUGAGUUUGAUGCUGGAUCAGAAGAUUCUGGUUCUGAUUUUGGCGACGAGUGGGAUGGUGAUGUGGAUUCUGAGGAUAUGUCUGAUGAGGAGGUCGUUGAGAUGAGAUGUGCUUAUAUCGUGAAUCUAUUGACGGAGAUUCGGGCGAAUGAUUUUAAGCUUUUGGAAUUUGAAGCGGCUGCAGGUAAGCAGCUGCUUGCUUGUGGGUUGGAAGGUGUUGAUAGCUCUAUGGUUGGUUUGGAAGCUUAUUCUGGAGGCGGAACUUCGAUAAUGGCUUAA